AUGGACUUGUUAGGGCCGCCAAAAAUCACAUACGUAUCUGAUAAUCAGACUGCAAAUGAUGGAGAUAAGGUGAUACUAAACUGUACAGCUGAUGGUAAUCCACCUCCAAGCAUCACAUGGACAAGACUCGCCAGUAACCGUCGCGUCACCUUUCCUCUGGCCGUCAGUAAAAGCGAUGAGGGAGGUUAUAGAUGCACUGCUGAUAAUGGUUUUGCCAUUGAAAUCCGUGAUGUCUUCAUUACUGUACAAUGUGAGUAAGAUUAAAUAAUUCAUGAAGCAUGCUUGUGUGAAACGGAUUAUGAUGCCAACAGUACAUGUGCUUUACUUUUUGAGCUUAACCGUGUAACCUAAGAUUUAGUGACCUACAUAUGUAAGCUAAACAGGUCUCAGCGUCAAUUUUUUAUUUAGUUCGUUAUACAGUAAAUAUUUAUAUAUUUUACUAUUAUUAUUUACAGUUAUUUUUUUUACUUUAUUCCCAGACUCAUUCGUGAGAUCACUACUGGAUAUUUUUACCGACUUUUUGUGACCUUAAUACGUUGCUUGGUAGAGAACAGUCGCGUACACCAUAAGGCGUUUCGCAUUUCCUCCGCUAACUUGAAAAUAAAGAGACGAAAAAUGAUAAGUAAGGACAAAAAAAACUGAAAUGCAACGCACGACAAGAAUCUCAACGUUAAUAUAAGUGCAUAAUUUUUGUUCAGCUCAGUCCUCAGAUUUGCAUAAAAUCGAUACCUUUUAUAUGAGCUGUAUUCUAGCCUUUGAUUAGUGGCAUGAUUACAUUUCACAGACGCAGCGAAAGUAGAGGCGGUCACUCCUGUGAUAUCCCAGUCUUGGAUUGGACAACCUGUGACAUUUACGUGUAAGGCAGAUGGUACCCCAACGCCAACCUUGUCAUGGAAAAACCCGAGUGGGAAAGUGAUAAAGCAAGUAAUAGACUUGAUAAACACAGUAGAUGUGCUGAUGAUCAGUGAUCAGGACUUUGGAAAUUACACAUGCGAGGCCACUAAUGCAGUAAAUACUGAUACAAGCACAGUGCAGUUGCAACAAAUAAGU